UGCGAUGUGGAUUUUUUCCAAGAGACAAUCUCGAGCCGCAGAAAUUACAAACGAAAUACCAACCUAUCGGGAUCCGUUUGCCUACAAUGUCUGGGAACCGUAUUAUUCAACUACCCGCAACAUGGGAGGAGGACCACCAGGAGAGUCAGGAUCAAUGUCACCAGGAUGCGCCAUUUUUUUACACCUGUCUCUCCCCUCCUCUAAUUAUUUUAAUUUUUAAUAUUUUUUUGUAAAAUUGUUUUUUUGUAUUCUUAAGAUAUCAAUAAAAAUACCAUAGAAAAAUGGAUAGCAAAAAUAUAUAUAUUUUUUUUAAUAAAAUUCAAAAAACCGCCCAAAAUUUGAUUUCUAGAGUAGAAUACGCCCUUAAGGAUUAAUUUGAGUAAAUUUGUUAUUCAAAUUAUAGCAUGGAAAGUUAAUACUUUUAGUUGUACUUGUAUAGUUACAGUGUAAUUUUUUUGCUUUAUAUUUUUUUUUGCAGUACCUAUCAAACAAUUAAUUCUUUUGUCAGUUCCGUUCAGUUUCAGUAUCACUGUAAAAAGUUAUGAACAUACAAAAAUGCCCGCGAAGCUAAUAAAAGCGUUAUAAAUUCAGUCAAAUGGAUCCCAGAUCCAAUUAUUUGAAGUCAAAGCCCGUUAAAAAUCCGAUUUGAACAAUUUUUUGGCAUAAGAUCGUAUACUUUAAGAGUACUACUUGUGCAAAGUUUUAUUCCGAUAUAUUCAUUGCAGCUGAAUUUGUAUACUGGCAGCGAAAGAAUCGGAUGGAAUUGGUCCGCUUUCACAGUAUGUGAUAGGAAUUGUUCACUUAUCACACCCUGUAACGCUCAUCCCCACCAUUAGUAGUUUUCAACAUAGCCGUUAUAUGGGGAAUGGGCGUGGUUAUUAUCGGAUUUUACCAAUAUUCUCAUAAAAAUGUAUGAGUAGAAACUAAAGAUACUUAUUCCGAGCAAGUUUGGUUGGGUAAGUUUUGGCGGUUUGGAAAGUAUAUGCAUUAAACCAAAUUGAGGGCGGGGUUACGCUCACUUAAAAAAAAUCCCCUGUAACAAUUUACAGGUUUAUAACUUCAUUUAGUACUUAGUUAUGGGAGAUAGGUUUUCGAUUAAUGGCGUUUUUUGGAGGUCUGAUUAUGCCCACCUGCAACAUCGACCGCUCUUUGGUCCCAAGCAUGUGACAAAUUUCAUCUAGAUAUCUACAUUUUCACUCAAGUUAUCCUUUCCAAAACAUAAAAUACACACAUAUGUACAUGCAUACAUACAAGUGAAGCUCUUAAAAACCUUGCAAAAACAAGGCAGAUAGUAUUGAUUACUAAAGUCACAUUUAAAUUUCAGAAAUUUGCAUCAAACAGAUAUAUUCUGAAACAUAAUUACAUGUCUUAUGCAAUAUUUCCUAUAGAAUGAAUUUUGUUUGUUUAAUUAUGUAUCUACGUUAAUCUUCUUAUUAACUGGUGUAAGCAACAGCGCGUCAGUUGUUUUUCCUUUUCGCAAGGUGGCGUCAGUUGGAGGUUCCAAGCGAAGCCAGGUCCUUCUCCACUUGGUCUUUCCAACGGAGUGGAGGUCUUCUUCUUCCUCUGCUUUCGCCGGCGGGUAUUGCGUCAAUUACUUUCAGAGCUGGAAUGUUGUCGUCCAUUCGUACGACAUGACCUAGCAACGAAGCCGCUGUCUCUUGAUUCGCUCUCAUUCUUUCAUCGAAUGCGAUAUUCACCGAGACCAACGCGCAAAGGACCAUAAAUCUUUCGCAGAUUUGCUUCCUUAUCCAGGUUGGAGAAAGCAGAACUAACGGCGCGAUUGCUAAGGUCAAUGAUGUCAUUAUCAUUGGCAUACGCCAACAGCUGCACACUCUUAUAGAAGAUUGUACCUUUUCGGUUUAGUUCUGCUCAAAUUACUUUCUCCAGAAAAAGGUUGAAGAAGUCACACGAAAGAGAGUUGUCUAGUCUGAAACCUCGUUUGGUAUUGAACGGCUCGGAGAGGACCCUCCUGAUUCUGACGGAGCUUUAAGUGUUGCUCAACGUCAGUUUACACACCCGUAUUAGUUUUGCGGUGAUACCAAAUUCAGACAUCGCGGCAUAAAGGCAGCUCCUUUUCGUGCUGCCAAAGGCAGCUUGGAAAUCAACGAAUCUCUUUUCACGGGUCUUUUCCAAGAUUUAGUGUAUGGUGAAUAUCUGGUCGCUUGUUGAUUUUCCAAGACUAAAGUCUCUCUGAUAAGGUCCAAUCAGUUUGUUGACGGUGGGCUUUAAUCUUUCACACAAUACGCUCGAUAAAGCCUUAUGCGCGAUGUUGAGAAGGCUUAUCCCACGGCAGUUGGCACAGAUUGUGAGAUCUCCCUUUAUAUGGAUUGGACAGAGCACACUUAAAUUCCAAUCGUUGGGCAUGCUUUUGUCCGAUCAUAUUUUACAAAGAAGCUGAUGCAUGCUCCUAAUCAGCUCUUCGCCGCCUUGUUUGAAUAGCUCGGCCGUUUUAUUGUUCUUCAAAUGGGUAAUUACUAUUCAAACUUCUUCAUGGUCGAGCAAUGGAACGUCUGCUCCAUCGUCAUCGAUUGGAGUAUCGGGUUCGCCUUCUCUUCUGGUUUUGUACUUUCAAUGCCAUUCCGCAGGCUAGAGAUUUCUCCCUCUAUAAUUUUAUCUGCCCAUCGGUCACUAGAUCACCUUUGGGGGUCUGUAAGAAUAUGCUCCGGUCUUGAAACUUUCUCUUAGACGCCAUAUCUUCUCGUAGAAUUUUCGAGCAUUACCCCUGUCGGCCAGCUUAUCAAGCUCUUCGUACUCACGCAUUUCGGCCUCUUUCUUUUUCUGUCUGCAAAUGCGUCUCGCUUCCCUCUUCAACUCUCGAUAUCUAUCCCAUCCCUCACGUGUUGUAGUCGAUCGUAACGUAGCGAGGUAGGCAGUCUGUUUUCUCUCGGCACGGCACUCCUCGUCGUACCAGAUGUUCUUUCGCAUUUCCCGAAAACCAAUAGUUGCGGUUGCAGCUGUAAGCAAGGAGUUUGAACUUCCGUUCCACAGUUCCCUUAAACCGAGUUGUUGACGAAUUCUCUCAGAGAGCAGGAGUGCAAGCCGAGUGGAAAAUCUUUCGGCUGUCUGUUGUGAUUGCAGCUUCUCGACGUCGAAUCUUCCUUGUGUUUGCUGCCGUGCGUUUUUUGCUGCACAGAGGCGAGUGCGACAAGAUAGUCCGGUGCCUUACUUGGGAAGGUGCCGCUGCCCAACUAUUUGCGGUCCUCGUUAGAUUGAAGGCUGACAUCACCGCCGUCCAAGAUAUGCGAUGGACGGGACGAGGACUGAGGCGAGUAGAUCCUUGUGGCAUUUAUUAUGUUAAUAAUUAGAAAUAAAUAAAACAUAUAACAUUCGUAUAUUUCAGUAUAUUCAGUAUAUCAUAACAAAUAAACAGUUUGUAUUUCUUAAAGUUUGCGAAAAACGGUUGGCACAUGUAAUUAUUUCGCGCACAGUAUUAUGCUGUGAAAAUGCCCACAAUCGAACUACAAUCACGCCUACUUUCCAUAAAUCACAUUUUUAAAUAUCAAAUGAUUAUUUCCCUUUACAAUAUAUAAAACCUUGCGUAAGCAAUACCUCUAACAUAUUCUAUAUUACGUGGACAAAUUGGAUCGAACCAAGUAUCAGAUGACUUAAUAUCAAAAAUAUAGUUUAAUAUUAUAUAUGUAUGAGAUAUACUCGUAUUAGGCCUAUUUUAUUUGACCAGCGCGUUAAGUUAUCAGCUUAAUUUGUAGGAAAGCCUUAGCCAACAUAUUGGCUAAUCGAAAUCUGUACAUAGGCUGCUAUAUAUAUUUCUGGACUAGGCAACAGUAAGUGUUGCCAGGUGCAAUCUGACAUUUCCAUUGGAAAGUUUGACAUUUUUUAGCAUAACAUAACUCAGAAGGUUUUGCCAUUUAAUCGUGAAUUGUUUUAUUUACAGGGAAUUAAAAAAUUCAUCUCGGUCAAAAAAUGGAAUUAACUUGUGAACAUUUUCGUGCGAUCAUUUUUCACGACUUUCGAAGUGGAUUAUCACGACAAGAGUGCAUCGAUGAACUAAAAUCUUUGUAUGGCUAUGAAGCACCAUCUUAUAGCACUGUGAAAAACUGUUACAACGAAUUCCAUCGUGACCGACGCUCGCUCAAAGACGAAUUCCGUGAAGGUCGUCUAAAAACAGCCGUUGUGCCAGAAAACAUCGAUUCCGUACGUGAACUGAUAAUGCAAGACCGUCAUGUAACAUACCUUCAGAUAGAGGCAUGCCUAUGCAUUUCUCCCACCAGCAUACAUUCGAUAUUGCAUGAACACCUGGCCGUAUAAAAGGUUUGUUCUCGUUGGAUCCCGGCCAAUUUGACAAUCGCUCAAAAAAAGGCUAGUUUGGAUUGGUGUAAAGAAAUGCUGAAAAAAUCGCGGUACUUCAAAAGACAAGACGUUUAUAAGAUCGUCACAGGUGACGAAUCAUGGAUCUAUGCGUAUGAGCCCGAAACAAAACAGCAAUCGACCGUGUGGGUCUUCCAAGACGAGCCAAAUCCAACGAAAAAAAAAAACAUUUUCGUUAAUAAAUAUUCCUAUUUUCAUUAUUAGGCCAGAAAUAUAUAUAGCAGCCCUCGGAUUAGCUUAUGUAUUGAACUAUAUGCAUUGCCAGUUCAUCGUUUUUUUUCAUUUACAACAUUUUGUUUUUUCCAAAAAAACUAUCGUUGGAAAUUUGUAUAAAUAUUAUUAUGACAGAUGAAAACGUAAACGAACCAAAAUAGAUUGUUGUGGAAAUACUAGAUGGAAAACUGAAAAAAGAUCUGGUAAGUAGUAAAUUAAAACUAAGCCAAAAUUAAAACAUGUUUUGUUGUCAACUUUUUGGCAAUGUCUUCUCAGCCUCAAUCAAUGAAGAGGAUGAUAUAGUUUUAAAUAUAUUGGAUUAUCCAGCCACUUCACCAAGUACUUCAACGGAGAAUUCUGAAGGCGAAUAGCCGGAACUUUCAAAAUAUUUUGAUUUCAUAUAUACGAUUGAAAACUCUGCAGAUUAGGAUUUGUAAUUCCAUUUUCGCUUAAAUCGCAGGACUUUGGACUACUUAAUAGGUAUGAAUGACUUUAGUUUUGCAAAUUUUCUUAUAUGUGAAUUUUACUUUGCUCCGAAGAAGCUAAAAUAAAACAAUGAUCUACAUGUGUGUAUUAGAGUGUGCCAUUCUGAGGCAACCUUUUUUUUUCAACUGAAAAACAGGCUCAAAACUUUCGAAAAUGUGUAAAAAAAAGUCCCUCAAAAGAUGAGCUCCUAAUAUUAAUAUUAAGAGGUGCCUAUUUCAAAUUUUCUGUUUUCCAUAUAAAUUAGAUGGAAAAAAAAUCAUUUUUUUUGUGGUGGUUAUUGUGCGGAGGUUUUAUAUGUGCCCCGAUGGCUGCCAGUAGGGAUGGUAAACUCGAUCCCGAUUCUACUCGAAAAUCGAGUGUCUAUGCGACUUCAUGGCAUCUCACCCUUCAACACAAAAUUCAUCACACCACACAACAUUCAGCGCACAUAACAUUUGUCACACAACUCACACUCAUCACACCACACAACAUCCAGCACACAUAACAUUUGUCACACAACUCACACUCAUCACACAACACAACAUUCAGCACAAAACUUGCAUCAUCAUACGCACAACCCUACGCAACAAACCAACCACACUACACCCACCAUACGUUAUCGUUUUCACCACCAAACCGAUAAAAAAAGGAUUGGCGAGCUCGGGGUGGAAUUAAUUCGCUUUUUUACGCCCGUACCGAAGAGACACGUCUCGCCAAUUCGUGCACCGCCUCGCCAUUUUGAACACAAGACACACGUCUCGCCAAUCGUGCACCGCCUCGCCAAUUUGAACACCAGACACACGUCCCGCCAAUUCGUGCACCAUCGAUCCGCCAGUUUUGAACUGCAUAAAGGUCUAAUCCAACGUUGGAAUCCCUCAUCCGGUCGCGUGUGUGUGUGUGCCGUGAACAGUGUGUGAAAGUGAACAGUGUUCAAGGAAUUAUACCUAGCUCAUUAUACGUGUAAAUUUGAAUUUAAAUUCUGAAGUCUCACCCGCAAAGGGAAAUACAUCCAAAUAUAAAAUACUACAUUGUUUUUAUAAAUCUUUCGCUUAAUAUUUAAUUAGACCCACAAAGGAAUACAUAAUCCAAGGGUAAGUAUUCCCCCCAAACGAAGUGCAGAGAACAAGUGGUCCUUCGAGCCGCUCAGAAAGGCACCUAAGUUAAACACCACAAACAAAAAAAACAAAAAAAAAGUGAAGAAAAUUAAUAUUAACAAAUAGCAUAAAACGGGCGCGGUAUAACACCAAACAAAGGUCAAUAACCUCAAAAUACAUAAGCGGGCGCGGUUAAUACAAAAUAACUAACUAAAGAAACUAAAACGAAAGUGAAGUGACAAUAGAAACGAUACUGAAAAGUGCUGUUAAAAGAAAUACAUAUAUGUAUAAAAGAAUGCUCAAAGUGCAGUGCUAAAAAACCAAGAAAUACAUACAUAAAUAUAUAAAAGAAUGCUCAAAGUGCAGUGCAGUGCUAAAAGAACAAGAAAAAUACGUACAUACAUAACGUAUAAGUGACAAAACCCCAAAAACAUACGUCAGAACAAACAAGGAGUACAAGCAACGUGGGAACAGACUACAAAUCCAACACGGAAAACUUCAAAAAGGAAACAAAAACCAAAAAGAGGAAAACGACUAAGGAGAACACAAAGUAUUGCCCAAAAACCUUUGACGGAAGAAAAAGUGAGUUCAUUCCAAUUUGAUUUUUUAUAAAAUUAUGUAUGCGCAUAUGUAUGCUUGAUAUAUAGUUGAAGCUGUAAGACGCAUACAGCUAUUUAGAAAUAACCCAACUGUUCUAUACGAAAAAUCGGUUAGACAGUUCGGUAUAUACAUACAUAUGUAUGUAUAGGUACCGAAAUAAUUGAAAAAAUUGCGGUACCUGCCUGUCACUUAUUUUGUGUUUGCAAACACACUGUAAUUUUCCAAAAUCAAAAAAAAAAAAAAUUUUUUCUUUCCAAGUCAAGUAUUAUUACUUGCAUAUCCUGGUGAUACCCCUUGGGCUAAAAAAGCAACAAGCAGGAUCGCCUAUAAUAAAUAAGCAAAGGCGAGCAAAAAAAAGAACAUGCAAAUACAUACAUAUGUACACAAAUAAGUAAAGGUACUCGAUCGUGUAAGAGAUACAUACAUACAUAUGGGCAUAUACAUACAUACAUACAAAAAUUUAUGGGCAAUCGAACUUUCCGCGCCAAAUUUUAUAUGCCGUAAUUAAUAUACAUAUAUUCAUGGACAUAUGGUACAUACAUAAAUCGACUGUAAAAAUUUUUUGAAAAACUGUUGUUACAUAACUACCUGCCUUCAAGCUUACUUCGUGUCUCCAAACACACUACAAAAAAAAAAAACUAAAAUUUUUUCAAAGUCAAGUAUUCGUACUUGCAAGUUCUGGUGAUACCCCUUGUGCUAACAAAGCAACAUGCAGGAUCGCUUUAAAAAUAAGCAAAGGCAGAAGAAAAAAAAAAUAUAACAACAACAUAACAGUGGAUAUUUGUGUAUGUACAUAUGUGUACAUAUUAAAGGGUUGCAAGAAUUAAUUCACGCUAUGAAUGCAACAGAGAAUUUAUGAAUUCAUCUCAUAACUCGAGUUAAGCGCCGACGCUGAGUUGGAAUUAUGUGAAUACAAGUUAACGGCAGCAGCCACACAGAUACUUAACGAUAAAUGUAAACAAAUUGUAUCUUCUCACAGUAUUACUGCUUGGUCAGCAGAAUACUUUAAUUAAUAAGAAAUCAAUAUAUCACUUGUUUUGAUAAGUAAGCAAAAUCCAAUAUUCCAUUAUUUGUUUUGAUAAUGAGAAUAAUUGGAAAUCCAAUGCUCUGGCAUUUCAUCACUUAAUGUAAUGCCAAAGCAUCUUUAGUAAUAAGCAUAGAAUUAUAAGAAUAUAAAUAUAAGUGCUUUUACUAAUAAAGAUCAGUGUAUAAUCGGCAAGCGUAUUGAGUGAUCAUCUUGAUGAUCAAAGCGCACCAUACAUUGUCACUCAAACCAACACUUUGUUUAAUUUCUACCGCGCGUAGCGGAACGGAAUAUAUUUUUUAAUACUUCCCACACAAGGGAAGUUAAUUGGCGCCCAACGUUAAGGCACGUGUUCGUCGUAUAAAGGGAGAGAAAUGUAUCCCUAGAACCAUAACGGUCGCGAUUAGUGAACACUAACCGGUAAACGUACAUAAACCUCGUGCGAGAGGUAGUACAUAUGUGAAUAACGCAUUAAAAAUUAAAGAGAAAAAACAAGUAUCCCAAGAAAAGGGAGAAAAGCCAAACCAAACUUGAAGUAAAGUGAGCAAAAACUUCAUUGCUUGUUGUGUUGUGACAAUCGCAGAAUAAAUAAGAACAAAAUUUUUUUUAAAAUAAAUUUUUAAAAAAUGAACAGUGAAUAAAAAAGUAAAGAGUGACUUAAAUCACAAAAUACAAAUAUUUAAAAAACAAAAAAACAUCAUUAGGCAUUGCACGUCAAGCAGCGGCGUAGCCAUCGAGGGAAACCAAGGACUAAGGAAAUUACAACACACCACAAAAGACGAGGAGAAGAAGGAGUAAGAUUUUAUUAUCCACAUUUAUCAAAUAUAUUAGUACAUUAAUACAUAAGACAAACAAUUUUAGCAAUUAAGUUUAAACUAUUAAGAAUCAUUGAAGGCUCGACCAGCCAAAUAAUAAAAUAUUUUUAAAGCCGCGAUUUACCACCGCAAGGGGGACCCGCCGGUUUAUAAUAAAACUCAAUUCUGCGAUUCUGAACUACAGACCCUCCAGAAUAAAAGAGUCUCCUUUCCUAGAAAGGAUCAAAAAAUAAAAAUAAAAAAAUAAAACAACUGACUUGGACUAUAACAAAAUAGACAGAAUAGUUAGAAAUUUUGAAAGAUUUGUAGAAGUCGAUAGGAUUAAAAUUGCCCAUAUUUAAAGAAAAAUUAAUUUAUCAAAAAUGCCUUUAAGUAGCGAAAAUGAGACUUUAGUCGCAAGACUAAUUGCGGCCACGAACGCAUCACUCAGAUUAGAAAUAUCUGAAAUGCGCAGGCAAAUAGAAGACUUAACGAAGUCUACAACAAUAACAGAUUACCAACCUGAAGAAAUAAAUUCAGAGAUUCGCUGUGACGAAUCCCUAGAAGUAAUAAAAUCUUUACCAGAAUUUGGGGGAAAGCAAAAUAAAUAUGUUAGCUGGAGGGAAUCGGCUAACAACGCAAUGAGCUUAUACAUAAGAGGCAGCCGUAGGUAUUUUGCUGCAUUAACUAUAUUAAGAAAUAAAAUCACUCACGAUGCUAAUGACAUCUUGUCCAACCACGGAACAGUCCUAAAUUUUGAUGCUAUAUUAGCACGAUUAGAUUUCGCUUACGCCGAUAAGCGACCAGCUCAUAUAAUCGAGCAAGAAAUGAGUAUUCUGCGUCAAGGCAAUUACUCUAUAAUUGAAUAUUAUAAUAAGGUUAAUGAGAAAUUAACCUUGCUAAUAAAUAAAACCAUAAUGACUUACGGAUCAGAUAGCGCCGUAACUAAGGAAUUCAAUGCUAAAAAUAGGCGGGAUGCUUUACGCACAUUUAUAACGGGACUAAACGGAAAUUUAGCUAAUAUACUAUUUUCUCUAUCGCCAAGCGACUUACCAAAUGCUUUAGCAAAAGCACAAGAAUUAGAAUCCAACAAUAUGCGAGCAGCAUUCGCAUUACAAUUUGGAAAAAACUAUUCAAAUCCCAACAAUAAUAACAGGCAACAUACUACUAACAACAGAUUCAAUAAUGGUAAUUUUAAUAAUAAUUUACGUUUCCCACAAGUCCAACCACAAAGGAAUUAUAACCAAAGAAUGGGAUACCAGAAUAACCAACCACGACCUACACCAAUGGAUGUCGACUCAAGCAUCCAUACACGCAACCGUAUGUUGCAAAAGCCAACAACAUUUAAUCAAAACAAUUUGGAAAAAAGGCCACAUGGAAGUACACAACAGAAUGUGCAGCCACCGACUAAGACACAGCGCAUUAAUAAUAAAGGGUGAUUUUUUAAGAGCUUGAUAACUUUUUUUAAAAAAAAAACGCAUAAAAUUUGCAAAAUCUCAUCGGUUCUUUAUUUGAAACGUUAGAUUGGUUCAUGACAUUUACUUUUUGAAGAUAAUUUCAUUUAAAUGUUGACCGCGGCUGCGUCUUAGGUGGUCCAUUCGGAAAGUCCAAUUUUGGGCAACUUUUUCGAGCAUUUCGGCCGGAAUAGCCCGAAUUUCUUCGGAAAUGUUGUCUUCCAAAGCUGGAAUAGUUGCUGGCUUAUUUCUGUAGACUUUAGACUUGACGUAGCCCCACAAAAAAUAGUCUAAAGGCGUUAAAUCGCAUGAUCUUGGUGGCCAACUUACGGGUCCAUUUCUUGAGAUGAAUUGUUGUCCGAAGUUUUCCCUCAAAAUGGCCAUAGAAUCGCGAGCUGUGUGGCAUGUAGCGCCAUCUUGUUGAAACCACAUGUCAACCAAGUUCAGUUCUUCCAUUUUUGGCAACAAAAAGUUUGUUAGCAUCGAACGAUAGCGAUCGCCAUUCACCGUAACGUUGCGUCCAACAGCAUCUUUGAAAAAAUACGGUCCAAUGAUUCCACCAGCGUACAAACCACACCAAACAGUGCAUUUUUCGGGAUGCAUGGGCAGUUCUUGAACGGCUUCUGGUUGCUCUUCACCCCAAAUGCGGCAAUUUUGCUUAUUUACGUAGCCAUUCAACCAGAAAUGAGCCUCAUCGCUGAACAAAAUUUGUCGAUAAAAAAGCGGAUUACGGAACACUGAUUUUGGUAAUAAAAUUCAAUGAUUUGCAAGCGUUGCUCGUUAGUAAGUCUAUUCAUGAUGAAAUGUCAAAGCAUACUGAGCAUCUUUCUCUUUGACACCAUGUCUGAAAUCCCACGUGAUCUGUCAAAUACUAAUGCAUGAAAAUCCUAACCUCAAAAAAAAUCACCCUUUAUUAAGGAGGAUCAUUUUUUAGGCCAAAAUUAACUCUGCCAUAUAUAUUUCUAGAUGACAGGGUUACGGGUCAAAACUUUAAAAUAUUAAUAGAUACAGGAGCAACUAGUUGCUAUAUUAAAUCAGGAAUAUACAAAAAUAAAAAUAAAUUGGAUAUACAAAAGAGAGUAAAAACAAUUAAUGGAUUUUCGAUAAUACGCUAUUAUCACAUUAUCACAUUAUUCGGUAAAAAACAAAUAUUCUACGAAAUCGAAAAUUUGGAAGCAGACUUAUUAAUAGGAUACAAAUUUUUGAACGACAUUAAUGCUGUGAUUAACUUGGAAAAAAAGAAAUUAAUAAUAAAUAAUGAAAAAGAGGAGGAUAUAUUUAGCUUAGGAUGCGAAUAUGAGCAUCAGAAAAGUAAGGAUAAUUUAAAGAUCGUAAAGGAGGACGAAAUUACUUUGGAAGCAAAGACUUCUAAAGCGCCAGCCGACGGGAAUACCGGCAAAUAUAAAAAAAUAAAUAUUGUGGAGCAGGAAAGCUCUACAACGCCAGCUGAAGAUUUAUACCAGCAGAGUAGAAGUAAAAAUUAUGUAAAAAAUAUUGUGGAACGAAAAAGUUCUACAACGCCAGCCGAUGAUAAUACCGGCAAAUUAAAUAAAAAAUAUAUUGUGGAACAAAGAAGUUCUACAACGCCAGCCGAUGAUAAUACCGGCAAAUUAAAUAAAAAAUAUAUUGUGGAACAAAGAAGUUCUACAACGCCAGCCGAUGAUAAUACCGGUAAUAUAGAAGAGGAAAACUAUGUAAACAAAAUUACUUUAGAGGAAAAGUUCUCUAAAGCGCCAGUCGAAGGAAAUACCGACAUAAACGAAGAUGAAAUUGAAAAUUUAAGAGAGGAAAUUAGAAAUGAAAUAUAUAAAAUACAUUCUUCAAUAAAUAUGAAUUUACCGUUUCGAACGGAUAUAAAAGCGGAAAUAACGACAAUUGUUGAAACUCCUAUAUGGAGUAAACAAUACCCAUAUCCUCUUUCUGCUAAUUCCUUCAUAAACGAAGAGGUAAAAAAAAUGAUGGAAGAUAAAAUAAUAAGGCCAAGUAAGAGCGCAUAUAAUUCACCAAUUUGGGUUGUACCAAAAACAGGUGUAAAUGAAGACGGUACGCCGAAAUUGCGAAUGGUAAUCGAUUAUAAAAAAUUAAAUGAAGUAACAAAAUCGGAUAAAUAUCCAAUUCCGGAUAGCAAUAUAAUACUUUCAAAUUUAGGAAGUUCGAAAUAUUUUUCCACAAUAGAUCUGGAAUCGGGUUUUCACCAGAUCCUUAUUAAAGAACACGAUAUUGAAAAAACUGCAUUUUCAGUAAAUAACGGAAAAUACGAAUUUUUAAGAAUGCCAUUUGGUUUAAAAAACGCGCCUAGUAUAUUUCAAAGGGCGAUGGACAAUGUUUUAAGGGACUUUAUUGGAAAAUUUUGUCACGUUUAUAUUGACGAUAUAAUCGUAUUUUCAAAAAGCUUCGAGGAACAUAAAAAACAUUUAAGUAUAAUAAUAGAAGUUCUAAAAAACGCAAAUAUGAAAAUUUCAUUACAAAAAUCUAAAUUCUACCAAGAAGAAGUAGAAUUUUUGGGAUAUAUUGUUGCAAAGAAUGUUAUAAAGACAGAUCCAAAAAAAGUUGAAACAAUUUUAAAUUUUCCGGUUCCAACAACUUUACGACAGUUACGAAGUUUCCUAGGAAUGAUUGGAUAUUACAGGAAGUUUAUUAAAAAUUAUGCUAAAAUAGCAAAACCAUUAACAAUACAUUUAUCAGGUGAAAACGGAAGAGUUUCACAACAUAUGUCCAAAAAAAUUAAAAUUAGAUUGGAACAAGAAGGACUUUUGGCAAUUGAGAAAAUGAAGUCUAUAUUAGUAGAUCAAGUCGAAUUAAUUCAACCAAAUUUUAACGAAACAUUUAUAUUAAAGACAGACGCAUCAAAUGAAGCUAUUGGUGGAGUCUUAAGCCAAGGGGGCAAACCUAUUACAUUUAUAUCUAAAACAUUAAAUUCAACAGAAAGAAAUUACGCGACUAAUGAAAAGGAGCUAUACGCUAUCGUAUGGGCAUUAAAAAAUCUAAGAAAUUAUUUAUACGGAGUUUCAGAUUUGGAAAUUCAUACUGAUCACCAACCACUAACAUUUGCAGUCUCACCUAGAAAUCCAAAUGCCAAAAUGAAAAGAUGGCAUGCUUUAAUUGGAGAAUAUGGAGCAAAAAUUAUAUAUAAACCAGGUAAAACAAAUGUGGUAGCAGAUGCUCUAUCACGACAAUUUCUUAAUAAUUUAUCCGACGAAUCGUCAACCACAGUAACCCAACAUUCAGCUGAAAGUAGUGAUCAUACUCAGAUACCCGAGACAAAAAAACCAUUAAACCAAUUUAAACAACAAAUUUUACUAAGUAAAAAUAGAUUUACAACACAUGAGCAAAUUUAAGAAUUUGGGAAAAUUAGACAUUUAAUUGAAUACGAUACUGUUGAUAAUUUAAUCACAAUAUUAAAGGAAUACAUCAAACCAAAUAUAGUUACGGCAAUACAUUGCUCAAUAGAGGAUCUGUACGAAAUACAAGCGAAAAUAAGAGAAACAUUUACUAAUAAAUUCAUAUAUACGAAAAAUUUUGCAAUUGACAUAACGAACAGAGAAGACCAAGGAAUUAUAAUUGAACAAACUCAUACACGAGCACAUAGAAGUUACCAAGAAAAUUUGAAUCAAAUUUGCAAAAAAUAUUAUUGGCCUGAAAUGAGAAAACAAUUCAAAGAAUAUGUAAGGAAUUGUGACAUAUGUAAUAAAAACAAAUAUGAUAGACACCCUAUAAAAAUACCAAUUGGAGAGGUCCCAAUACCUACAGAGGAAGGAGUACAGAUACACAUGGAUAUAUUCUAUGCGCAAUCUUUAAAAUUCAUUACGUGUAUAGAUAGCUAUUCCAAAUCGAAGAUAAGAUUAAUUUAGAAGAUAAAGUGUUAGAAAUAUUACAAAGCUUCCCUAAUAUAAAGAAGUUAACAAUUGAUAAUGAACCAGGAUUCACUACGGUACAAUUUAAGUCCUUGAUGCAGAGACUUCAAAUAGAAAUAUUUUUUUGUAACCCAAAUCAUAGUACCACGAAUGGUCAAAUUGAGAGAGUACAUUCAACAAUAAUUGAAAUUUCACGAUGUAUUAAACAAGAAUAUAAUUUAAUAAGCUUUUCAGAAUCAAUAUUUAGAGCUGCCCAACAAUAUAAUAAAACUAUACAUUCGGUAACUAAUGAGAAACCAUUUGAAGUACUUUAUAAUAAAGUCUCUCAUGAUAUUUUACCAGACAAACUUUUAUCAGCACAAACUAAGAUGCUAGAAAGACACAAUAAAAGUAGAAUUAAUAAAACAUAUUUAUGCGGAGAUGUUAUAUAUGAAAAGAUUACAGGAGAGAGAAAUAAACUAAAUCCUAGAUACAAGAAACAGGUAGUAAAAGAAGACUUAGGGAAUAAAGUUAGAAUUAACUACAGGAAUAGAAUAGUACAUAAAGAUAAUAUUAAAUCUUAAUCAUAUAUUUUUAGAGGAUGAUACCCCUAAUUAUUCUAACAUUAAUUACAUAUACAAUGACAGACAUUGUGGACUACACAAGAGAAGAUUACGUAUUAUUAGACGACGGAGAUGUAGCCCUGUAUAAUGACUACGGAAAUAUUUUUCACAUCACUAAUUUAACAUACUUUAGAGAACUUAUAAGUUCAGACACAAAUUAUUAUAAUAAAAAACUCAGAUAUAAAAAUUUUGAACAAAAUAAUGAACAAGACAAGGCAUAUAUUAAUGAUUUAGACACAGAUCCAGAAAUAGAACUCAUAGAAACUUUAUUAGAACAACUACAAACUAAAGAUACAAGAUAUAGGAGAGGAAUAAAUGAAAUAGGUACAUUAUGGAAGUGGAUAGCAGGAACACCAGACCAUGACGACCUAGUGUUAGUAAAUAAUAAAUUAAACGAAUUAAUUGACAAUAAUAAUAAACAAUACACAACAAAUUCUAAAACUUUUGGAAUUAUUAACCAAUUAACUGAAACAAUCAAUAACAUUAAUGAAAACUCAAAUAUUAAAAUUCUAAUUACAAAAUAUGAUUAAUACAAUAGCUAUAGGAAAAAUGGGAAUUUUGAACCCGACAAUUUUAAAUUUAGACGAGAUUAAAAGUAUAAUUAAGAAUGAACAUGGACGAUUGACAAUAACUGAUAUAAUAGAUAUUUCAAAUUUUAAAAUAGUACAAAAUAAAGAUGUAAUAGUUAUAUAUAUUAAGUAUCCAAAAAUUAUAUAUGAUUGCAAAUAUUAUGAAGUAAGAGCAAUUCCACAAAAAGAUGGUAAAUUAAUAAUUAAUAAUGAAAUUGCGAAAUGCAAAAAAGAAUAUAUAAAUAUUAAAAAUUGCAAAAGAGAAAUGAUAAAUACUUAUUGUAAAAUUAAUAAUAAAAAUACUUGCCUAUCAGAUAUUUUGUCCAAUAAAAAAGGGAAAUGUAAAAAAAUUAAAGAAAAACAUAAAGACAUAGAUAUAAUUAAAGAAGGAGCAAUAUUAGUCUCUGGAAAUCAUACUAUAGAUGACUCUGCCAUAAAUGGAGUUUACCUUGUAACAUUUGAAAAUUAUACAAAUAUUGAUAAUAUAACUUACGAAAAUAUUGAUUGUAAAAUUUGGAAUUAUUUAAAAAAUAAUCAUAUUAAUAACUUUGAAAUUAUAGAAUACAUUGAAACAAAAAACAAAGAAUUUGAAUUUGAAAACAUAAAUAUUUUGAGUGAAAGAAUUAAAGAAUUUAAAAAUCAUUCACUUUUCUGGUACAUAAUUGUAAUACUUGUACUAUUAAUAACAAUAUACAUAAACUAUAAGAUUUUAAAAUUAAAAAAAAUAUAUAAAACCAAUAAGCAAAGCAAAAAAUUAAAAUUUCAAGAAUUGUCAUAUAAUGCUAUUUUAGAGAGCAUUUACAAAAUAUCAAAAAAUGAUACUGAAUCGGGGACGAUUCAUCUUAGAGAGGGGGGAGUUAACGGCAGCAGCCACACAGAUACUUAACGAUAAAUGUAAACAAAUUGUAUCUUCUCACAGUAUUACUGCUUGGUCAGCAGAAUACUUUAAUUAAUAAGAAAUCAAUAUAUCACUUGUUUUGAUAAGUAAGCAAAAUCCAAUAUUCCAUUAUUUGUUUUGAUAAUGAGAAUAAUUGGAAAUCCAAUGCUCUGGCAUUUCAUCACUUAAUGUAAUGCCAAAGCAUCUUUAGUAAUAAGCAUAGAAUUAUAAGAAUAUAAAUAUAAGUGCUUUUACUAAUAAAGAUCAGUGUAUAAUCGGCAAGCGUAUUGAGUGAUCAUCUUGAUGAUCAAAGCGCACCAUACAUUGUCACUCAAACCAACACUUUGUUUAAUUUCUACCGCGCGUAGCGGAACGGAAUAUAUUUUUUUAAUACUUCCCACACAAGGGAAGUUAAUUUGCAGAUACAGAGAAGACAUUGUGAGUUGCUGUUUAUCGCUAGCAGGUAGACUCAGCUCAUUCAUCUCAUAAACAAACCCAACUCACACUCAUAUCAUCAACCAGCAGUGAAUGCAAAGCGUUAGCGUUCGCUUAGUAGUGGAAUAGUGUGUGAUCGUCACUUAUUGUUAUGUGAAUUCAUUGUUUCUCUCAUUCUUUUAACAGAACACUGUGCACCCAUAGUGUUCAGCUAAGCAAGCAAAUAGAGAAGAUAAACGGAAGGGUUUUCCCCAGAACAUGUUUGCCUGCAUUGUACUGGCCGUAGACGCUUAACCGAGACAGUUUAUUAAAUAUUUAAAUUCGUCAUUUGUUUUGUGUAUACUGUGACUGGAAAUGAACGCGAAUGUAACUAAUAAAAAUGUGAUACUUUGGAACUAAAUGUUGUGUGUAUUUUGUGACUUAAAAAGAGUUUUUUUUCAAUUGUUCCAAAGGACAGGUUUUAGUUCUAAAAUAUUUUUAUUUUUUAUAAUAUUUUGUUGAAUCUAUUAAUCCCUACUUAAACUUCAUGAAAAAUUGCAAUAAAAUUGAAUAUUGGAAACAUUUUUUUAUCCACAUUCAUAUGCAAUUAUCUAUGCGUAUUUACAUACAUACUUCUUUCUAGUCGUGCAACUAGAAUAACUCGAAUUAACAGUUGUUAAUUCACACGAACAUCAUUCACUCAUCCAACAUCCUUCUUGCACAGAAUUAAUUCACACCAACAGAAUGAAAUGCUUUGGUAGACCAAUUCUACAAAGAGUGGGUCGUUACUUGUGAGAGCGCUAUGAGUUGAGCGAACUCGUUGUUGUUCUCACUAAUGAGACUCGGUCCUUAUUUUACCCAAACAUGAGAAUUCAUUUUUACGUUGUGUGAGUGAGUGCAAGUUGAAAUUUUUGGACAGUGACUCAAAGUUUGUUUUUUGCGUAUUCAUGCAGCCCUUUAGUACAUAUGUAUAUCGCGAUGUAACUACAUAUUUCGCGGUUAUCUCUCUUACGUUUUCUCUCGACCUUAAUAUAUACCAACAUACCAAUAUAAAGGCUACAAAUACAUACGUACCUACAUACAAGUAACAAUAUAUAGAAAAUAUUUAUUACUAAGGUCAACGAACUUAAACAAAAAAAGGGAAAGGCGUCAAAACGGAACAUAAAAAAAUCAUCAAAUUACAUGUACAUGGAGGAUAUCCGUAUUCAAACAUUGGAAAAUAAAAAAUAAAAAAACAUAUUUACGUAUGCGCAUUUUUACAUAUAUACAUGCUUAUGGUAUAUACAUAUGUGCAUACAUCGUGUAAUUAUCGAAAUUUCUUUUUCGCGCUCCUUUGGACUAACGUAUGCAGAUUAACGAAACAUUUGCACACAUACUUGCUUACUUAAAUGUUAACAUAUUUACAAACAUAUAAAAAUUUUAUACUUAUUUAGUAUUAUUAUUCCGCUCUUUUCCCUAUAUUGCACAUUCGUAUUAUAUACAUACAUAUGCAUGUACAUAUGUAUGUGACAAGUGUACGAAACUAUAAGGAAAACUUAAGCACAAACAAACAUUAAGCAUAACUAUAUGCAUAUAAUAUAUACAUACGUUUAUUUUGCGUCAUUAUUAAUUUCUUUCCUUUUGCGUUCUUAUCACCAAAGAUAGACGUACUAAGGAAUAAUAUACAAAUUAAUCGCGAGUAUAUCGCAGAUACUUUUAACCAAUACACGGUAACAAAAAAAAAAUAAAAUAAUUAUAUACAAAUAUUUUUUGAUUUGACUAUUUAUGCGGUGAAUACGUGUUCGAAAAUUUAUAUAAUUCAAUUAAUUAAUAAUAAAAGAUUCAAUUCUAUUAUUCUUCUCAUUUUUAAUUACACAUUUGCUCCUAUUAUAAAUUUUUAAAUUGUAUUUUAAAGCAAAACAAUUUUAAGCUCAAAGCUUACAAUUUAAUUCUAUAAAUGCAAUCUGAUAGAUCUAAAGAGGUUAAACCAAGAACACCUCAAUUACUGGAAAUUCCAAAAAUGGCUGAUAAUGAUAAAUCACAAAGCUACACGCUCGAAGCAGAGUAUAAAACAAAAAAGAUCAAAAGAUCAGACAAUAUGUAGAUUCAUCACUGAAAGUGACAGUUUUAUAAGAUAUUGUACAAGAUUUCAAGCUUCCCCUAUUACUGACAUCACAGAAUCAGUUUUGAAUAUAAAACUAGAAAGUGUGAACAAUCUCUGGGGUCGCCUUCUGGCAGCGUACGAUACAGUACUAGAUACUGACGACGCAGAACUCCCAGAAAACGCAAAAGCUUCGGCGACAGCCAAGUGCGAUAACUGCCGCGAUCAGUAUGAGUUAACAAAGGGAAUGAUAACUGAACAAAUAAGUUUAGUAAGGCCAAGUAGAGCCACUACUCCCCCUCCCAGAGUAGUUACAACACCAAAAGAAGACCUAGAUAAAGGCAUGUAUCUCAAAGUACCAGCUUGUGAUACUGAAGUUUUUAAUGGAUGUUAUGAUCAAUGGCCGUCCUUCCGGGACAUGUUCACUGCCGUCUAUAUAAACCAUCCUAAACUCUCACAAGCACAAAAGUUAUACCAUCUAAGGUACAAAACAAAAGGGGAAGCAGGCAGUAUCGUCAAGCGAUUCGCUUUAAAUGACGAAAAUUUUAAGCUGGCUUGGGAAGCACUAGUCGAAAGAUACGAAAAUGAAAGGGUUAUGAUAGAAAACCCAAUAAAAACUUUAUUGCAUUUGCCAAAAAUUCAACAAGAAACUAGCCAGGAGUUUCAAAACUUAUACUCUACAGUGACUAAUUGCAUAUCAGUGUUAAAAACACAAAAUAUCUCUACAGAAUCGUGGGACCCCAUCAUAGUAACUAUUUAUGCAGAAACACUCCCUGAUGCUGCGUUACUACGAUGUGAACAAUCACUUGUGGAAAGAAAAAAAAUGCCCACCUGGCAACAGAUGAAAACAUUCCUCACUGCUCAAUACGAGAUAGCUGAGCGAAUAGACAAAAAAAUUAUAAAUCUAAAAAGUCAUCAAAAUGACUCAAGUAAAAACUUGUUUAAACCUCAAGCCAGCAAUAAUAUGCAAUACAAUAGACACGUUAAUAGAAGUCACACUUUUGUGUCAAACCAAACAAAUAAAUGGCAACCAUUAUGUGAAAUUUGUAAGGGAGGUCAUAACAUAAGAUCUUGCGAGAAAUUUAAAAAAUUAUCCGUUUCUGACAGAAACAAUCUUGUCAGACAACAUAAACUUUGCACCAACUGUCUGUCGAAUGCUCAUACGACAAAAGACUGUGAAAGCAAAUUUAGUUGUGUGUACUGUCAACGAAGACAUCACUCAUUGCUUCAUAUUACAAAUUUUCAAAAUAUGAAGCAAAAUCAAUUUCAUAAAACCACCGGGUUAGUCACUACAACCAAAAGUGAUAAUCCCGAAAUCUCAAAUCCCGAAAAAAGGGAAGAACAACCAUGUUGCUCUAAAGCAGCAAAAAUUCAAGCUCUUCAUUCAGAGAAUGAAAGCAAAAUACUUUUACCCACUGCGGUCAUCGCUAUUGAACAUAAAUGAGAAUUAUUCAAAUUAAGAGCAUUAAUAGAUCAAGGUUCUCAAAGAUCCUUUAUAUCAUCUAAAGCUCAAAAUCGGCUGAAAUUGCCUGUCAAAAAUUCAAAUUUCCAAAUUUCAGGAAUGGGCGGAAGAAUUAUACAAAAUUCAAACAAAAUUUGCCCAAACGCGGAUAUAAGAAUAGAUGCACAAGCCAUCGUUCUACCGCAACUCACAAAUUUGCUUCCAAGCUGUGAAGUAGAUAAAAAGCAAUGGGAAAAAUGCUCAUAUCUCAAAUUAGCAGAUCCCAACUGCCAUACCCCAUCACAAAUUGAUUUUUUAUUACGUAGUGACUUAAUACCUCAAAUAAUUCUUGAAGGUAUAGAAAAAAUAUCCAAUAAAUUGUUAGCCUAAAAUACAAUCUUUGGGUGGAUAUUAAGUGGCCAAGUCACAGAAAAAAUUAAUUCUUUUACAACUGAAGUUGAAAAUAUUUCAAACGAAUAUUUAAAUGAUGAACUCAAAAAAUUCUGGGAAGUAGAAGAAUUACCUCAGACUACUCAACUCUCAGAAGAAGAUCAGGCAUGCGAAGCCUAUUUUAAGUCCACAACAACAAGAAACGAAAAUGGUCGUUAUGUUGUGCGACUACCAUUCAAACCAACUUUUCCUGAAACCAUAGCUCUAGGCCACUCUAGAAUAUCAGCAAUCCAACAAUUUCUAAGCCUGGAAAAAAAGCCUGAUGAAAAAAAGUGAGCUUAAAUCAGCAUAUGAUAAUGUGAUGGAUGAAUAUCUAGACCUCAACCAUAUGGAAGAAGCUGUACCAUAUGAAAAAGUAUCUAAAGGUAGAUAUUUAUCUUUUUAUCUGCCACAUCACGGGGUAAUACGACCUGAAAAACUCACAACAAAAUUACGAGUGGUUUUCAAUGCCUCAAAGUGUACGAGCUCAGGCAAAUCACUAAACGACGUACUAUAUACUGGCCUAACCUUACAACCUGAUCUCAUGCUGCUAAUACUAAAUUGGUGCAUGUUUAAAUACGUUUUUAAUGGGGAUGUAGAGAAAAUGUACAGACAAAUUCUAGUACAUAAAGAUGACCAAGAUUUCCAGCGAAUAGUCUUCCGCAAAGUAAUAGUCCAAUCAGGACUACAAACUUAAAACCGUCACCUUUGGCAUCAAUUGCGCACCCUAUUUGGCGAUCAGGACACUGCAUGAAGUGGCAGAAACGUGUGAAACAAAUUUGCCCUUAGCAACUUCUGUGUUACAAACACAAACAUACGUGGACGACAUACUAUCAGGUAGCCACAGUAUCGCGUUAGCAUGCGAAUCACUAUCGCAAGUGAUCAAAGCAUUAAAUUCAGCAGGUUUCCCCCUAAAGAAAAUUACUUCAAAUCAUCCUGAUAUAAUAAAAGACAUUAAAAAAGAAGACUUAUUAGAUACAGACUUCCUUAAAUUUGAAAAGGCUAGUACAACAAAAACCCUAGGGAUUCAAUGGAAUGCGAUAACAGAUCAAUUCUCAUAUACAGUUGAGUCAAUAUCUGCAAUGUCCGCUAGUACAAAACGCCAAAUACUUUCCUCGGUGGCAAAACUUUUCGACCUCGCAGGAUGGCUUUCGCCAAUAAUGAUUCAAGCAAAAAUCCUCAUUCAAGAAUUGUGGCAAGAUCGCACUGAAUGGGAUGAACAGGUAAAACCUGUACGUUUAACAAAAUGGGUACAAUUUGCUAACAAUUUACAUACUAUAUCUGAAAUUCGAAUCCCUCGAUGGGUAAAUUUCACCCCUAACAUUAACACAGAAUUACACGGUUUCUGUGAUGCCUCUGAAAAGGCUUAUUGCGCAACAGUUUACAUAUGCACACAAUACGAUAACAAAAUAUCUGCACACCUCUUGGUAGCCAAAGCCAAAGUUGCACCUUUGAAGACACUCAGUCUGCCACGGCUUGAACUGAAUGGUGCUCUUCUGUUAGCAAAAUUAAUUUCAAUAGUUCAAACCCAUCUAAAAUUAACCGAUCAUAAAACAUAUCUUUGGUCAGACUCAGAAAUAGUUUUAGCAUGGUUAGAAAAACCACCCUAUUGCUGGAAGACCUAUGUAUCUAACCGAAUAUCCCAAAUUCUAGACUUAGUUGGCCCAGCAAAAUGGCAACAUGUUGCAAGUGCGGAUAACCCAGCGGAUCUUGGGACAAGAGGUUGCAAGCCACUGCACCUCACCAGCACUACACUCUGGUGGAAUGGUCCAACAUGGCUAACAGAAUCACAAGAAUUUUGGCCAAAGUCUCCCGCUCGUAAUAUAAUACCGCCGGAAAGUCGGAAAAUUGAAAAUUUUCAUAUCACUCCCGAAUAGGAUGAUAUUCUCCACCGAUUUUCUUCAUUUCCUAGAGCACUAAGAGUAGUCGCUUACAUGCACAAAUUCACUCAAAGACUUAAACAAAAAAUGAAAGGGAUACUAAAUGAUCCUUGCGUGCAACUAACGCAUACCGAUUUGCAACAUGCCAAAGUUAUAUCGGUAUUCUGCGUGAGACGAUUGUCUCAUGUCUCUAAUAGUGACUAUAGUAAUUUAGUGAUUCUGU